GCCCGGGGCUCUGCCGCUGCCAAGCCGCAUCGUGGACUGGAGGCCGCCAGGCCCCCGGAACCUGCCGCGGAGCCCGCUCCGAAGCCAGCGGAGCCCACAGAUGUGUCCGCGCCGGAAUUCGGGGGAGCGGAACCCCAGGAAAAGGCUCCUACGAGCAGUGAUGAAAAGAUCGGUGGUGAAAAUAAUGUUGAAGAAUCCUGUACUUCAUCCUCUGCUGUUUCCCAGAGAAGAAGGCGACUAUCAAGUACUUCUAGUCUAGUUAAACCUAGCGUCAAUGUUCCUUCACAAUCUCCUCCCUUACCUACAGUUAAUCAGGAUGUUCCACAGUCAAACCCUGUUCAAAUAAAAGAGAAACAGCUAUGCUCAGAUAGAUACCGAAUAUACAAAGCCCAGAAACUACGGGAAAUGUUAAAAGAAGAAUUGAGAAAGGAGAAGAAACAGUGGAAAAACAAAUAUGCCAUAAAUGAAAGCCAGAUGCCACCAGAUCGCUCAAAAAUGACUAUGAGAGACUUCAUAUAUUACUUACCAGAUAACAAUCCAAUGUCUUCUUCACUGGAACAGGAAAAGAAAACUGAAAAAUUAUUGACUCCAGUCCAGACAAGAGAGCAAGAAAGUAAGGGUGCUCUUGAUGCUGAAGAUAAUGAAGCUGCAGAAGAAGAGACAGAUGAUGGGCCAUUGCUGGUUCCUCGAGUGAAAGUGGCUGAAGAUGGUUCUAUUAUUUUGGAUGAAGAAAGUUUAACUGUGGAAGUUUUAAGGACAAAAGGCCCAUGUGUUGUUGAGGAAAAUGAUCCUAUAUUUGAGUGUGGUUCUACAACUACAUAUUCCAGCUUUAGAAAAAACUAUUAUUCUAAACCGUGGUCAAAUAAAGAAACAGAUAUGUUCUUUCUAGCCAUCAGCAUGGUAGGAACUGACUUUUCUAUGAUUGGACAACUUUUUCCUCACAGAGCAAGGAUAGAAAUUAAGAAUAAAUUUAAACGUGAAGAAAAAACAAAUGGGUGGAGAAUAGACAAGGCAUUCCAGGAAAAACGCCCUUUUGACUUCGAUUUUUUUGCUCAUUUGCUCCAGAAAGUUCUUGAGGAAGAAGAGAAAAGAAAACAAAAAUCUGCUAAAAAUCAGGGUGUAAAGAAGAAAUCCUCCAAACCUCAGAAAACCGUAAAAGUGCAAAAAGUUUCAAGUGAAGUUGUGGAUGACAAUCCAGAUGAAUGUGUGAACACUAAAAUUUCAGAUACAGAAGGAUCUCAAAAGGAUGCUCAGACAGUCCUAGAAGAGGAUUCUCUGACUCCAUCAGGGCAGGAUACAGAACUUGUAUUAGAACAAGACCAAAAUCAAAAGAAAAGAAGAAUGAAGAGGAACCAAGAUGGAACAACUGAACAGAAAGUACAAAAUCUUUCAGGAAAUGAUACUAUUCCAUCAGGUUCUUCUGAAGGAGAAAAGCAUAAGAAUAAAUGUCAGUCUUUAAGGCCUGAGGUGAAUGAAAGUGAAUGCAGUGAGGAACAGAUGCCUUCUUGCACUCAGAACCUAGAUGACACUGUGGAUUUAGCCUCCAGUGAAAGAGUUGAGAAGAGAAAGGACCCCAUCCUUUCACCAAGUCAGCAACAUGGUAACACACCAGCAGCAAAUGAAUCUUCAGAAUCCAGCCCUUCAGCUUUGUCUCCAUCAGAAGUUGAGAUCAUAGCACUCUGUGAGGUGAAUCCUGCCUUGCAGAGUUGUGCAAGAGAAAGAGAUGUUGACCAGAAGAGUAAAUCACUGGAAGGUAGUCAAGCAGAAAAUGUUAAACCAGUGUUGAGAGGUCGACUCCAGAGACCUAAACCCAAUCUGUCAAGGGCUGUUGGGAAGAAACUGGUUUUUUCACAAGACAAGAUAGAUGCAGAGAACAAGAAUUUGCAUUCAGAAACCUCCACUGAAAAGAAUCACACGGAAAAGGGUAAAAUGAAUGCAUUUGACAGUGGUGGAAUGGAGAAUACAGGAAAGGAGAACCAAGAAGCUCAAACUAUGUCUAAUUUAAGUGAAAAAACUUGUCUCCUGGAAGAUAAUCAACCAAAGGCUCCCAGACCUGUGCAACUAGUGAGGAGCCGUUUACAAAGACCAAAGCCAAAUGUAGGGAAAGCUGCAGAAAGAAAAGAAACAGUCACACCCCAAAAAGAAGGGGCCAGUGUAGAGAAUACUCAGAAUGAAUCCUGUGUCAACAAAGACAUACUUCAACAAAUGGAAGCUCAAUCAUGUAAAAAUUUGGAGUGUGAAGACCUCAUAAAACAACCUGAGAAAAAAGACACUUCCUUUCAAAAUGUGAAGCCAGAUGAGCCCAGGGUGCUUAAUGAAUGUUUAAGUAUUCAAGAGGAUAAUCAAGCAAAUAUACUCAAACAAGUCCCAGUUCUAAGAACUCAAUUUCAGAAACCAAAGCCAAAUAUAGUGAGAGGAAUUGAAAGAAAAGAGAUUGCAUCAAAAGAAGAGAUACCAGAGGAAAGUCCUGUCUCUGGGGAAGUGACAGCAGCUUUGAGAGAACUCGUAAGACCAGAUGCCUCACCAGGGGAGAAGGUACCAGUGGUGACCACUGCUACUUCUAAGCAAAUGAAGUCAGAUUUUAGAGAAACUGGAAGAGACACCUCUGCCUCUCUCAGUGAGAGCAUACCGGAGAUGACUAAUGUCACUGAUGCAAUGGAGAUAGGAUUGAAAGCAACUGUGACAGAGAGUCUCCCUAGGGAGAAGACACUAGAAUUGAUUGAUGCCAGUGGGGAAAUAGAGACAAAUUUGGAGGAAAGCAGAAGAGAAAUAUUCCCACAGGAAAAUGACCCAGAGGAGGUCAAGUCUAUAGGUGAAACAGAAACAGGAGAGAGCCCCACAGGAGAGAGGAUGCCAGAGAUGGUUGAUGCCACUAAGGAAAGAGAGACAGAUUUGGAGGAAUCUGAAAGCAAAGAUACACCUGUUCCAGGAAAAGUCCCAGAAGAGGUCAAAACUAUAAGUGAAAUGGAAACAGAUUUGAAAGACAUCGAAGAAAUUUCCCAAAGAGAGAAGGUACUAGUGGCGGUUAGUAUUCUAGGGGAAAGGGAGAUUGACUUGAAAGAAACUGGAAAAGGAGACAUUUCUCUGAUGGAGACAAUAUUAAGAAAGAUGACAGUCACUGAAGAAACAGAGGCAGAUUUGAAAGAAACUGAAAAUCAAAUUUCUUUGAGGGAGAGAGGUGCCGAGGAUAUUGGUAUUAUUGGGGAAAUGGUGGCAGAUUUGGAAAAAACUAGAAACAUAGACAUUUCUCCAAAAGAAAGAAACCUGGAGGAACCUGCUACCUCUAGACAAACUGGGACAGAUGUUAUACAGAAGAGUGGCACUGACUGCAGCACUGUGCCUUCUCUGGAUGUGAAAAAUAUUGGCAGUGAAGUACAGCCAGUGGUGCAUACAUCUAUAGAAGAAAGUAAUUCUGAAAAGGAACUGUCAGAUCACUUAAGUUGUUCGAAGCCUGCUUCACAGAUAUCUGAACUUUGUAAAACAGAAGACCAGGGGAUACAACCUCCAGAUGUUUCAGAGCACUUUUCAGAUACUAAUUUAAGCAAAUCUCUUCCUCAAGAACAGAAGCCACUUGAAGUGAAACCAGCACCUUUUGUGAGAAGUCGAUUCAAAAGGCCAAAACCAAACUUAGCAAGAGCAGCUUCAAAGAAAGAGACUACAGAAGCAGAAAAAUAUGUACCUGAGAAGAAGUUGGGAACAAAUCAAAUGGAAACCAUUGAGAUUCAGCAAGACAGAGAACAAGCUGAUACUCUCUCUUUGCAACCUGAUUUGACAUCUGUAGUGGCAUCAAGAGAAAAAGAUAAAUCAGGCCUUGAGAAAGAGGAGAUUGUGAUAUCAUCAUGUAUACAAACUGAACAGGACCCAGCACCAAGUGCUUGUGAACCUGCAGAGGAUUCUCAGUCAGUGCAGACCCAGGAAAAUGACCUAGCUGUUCCCGUGGGGAUUCAGAAGGUAAAUACUUUGCAACAAGAAAUGAAAGAAAGUAUUACCCAAAUGGUUCUACCAACGAGGGCCCGACUUCAGAGGCCCAAACCAAAUGUAAAAAACGCUAGACAUAGGCAAUUACUAGAAAAAGGUGAAGCCAAAGGAAUGAUUAAAGAUGAAAGAACAAUGCUACAAAAAGAUGAAACUAACAAGAAAACUGUGACAAUGUCAAAUUCUCAAAUUGAAUCUGAUAUUGAAGUUGUAUCCUCCAAAGUUUCAGAAUGCAGUAUGGAUGAAAAUCAAAGACAUGAGGUUUUUGUAGAAAACCCAUAUGUUAACAAAAAAAAAAUGUCAGAUGAAAAGAAGAGACUUGAGAAUAAGCCGUGUGUUCCUACUCCAGCACAGUUGAUAAGAAGAAAAUUCCAAAAUACUAAGCCAGAUUUGGGAAGAGCACACAGUAGGAAAGUAGAGGAAGUGCCUAUAGAAAAAGGCCUAGUAGAUCAGAGUGGAGCAAGUAAACAAGAAGAUAAUUUACUGCACCAAGGAAAUCUUGACUCCCAGCUCCUUCGAAAGGGAGAAGCUGAAAUUGUGACAUCUCCAGAGGUUUCAGCAAGAAAAGAUUAUAUAGGUUCUGAAGAGACCGCUUUGGCCAAAAAAAAUGCUCAAUUAGCUGAAGUUGGACCAUCGGAAAAUGUUAAAGAGGAAACUAUACAACAUAUUUCUGCAUCUUCAAUUGUUGAAGAGCAGUGUUUCAGUAAACUAAGAAGUAGUCCACAACUGUUGAAAGAAUCAGAUUACUCUAAAACUGCUCCGGAUGAAAGAACAGUGAUCUCUUCUGCCUCUGGGAAUGAAAGAGAUCACAGUGAAAGGAGAACGCAGAGGAAAAUCAAAACCACUGUCACCAGAGGGCGGGGAACAAAGCGAGCUCGGGCUAAGACCUCUAGGAAGGAGCCACGGGCUCCCAAGGCCAUGCUGGUGACUCUUCGGGCCUCCCAGGAAGAAGAUGAUGAUGAUGAUGAUGCUCAGGACUUUGAAUCCAACUAUGAAGAAGAGAGCUGCCAUCUUGCCCCAGAAGAAGUAAAUAAAGCACCAGUGUUUGUUCCUCUUGGUCUCAGAUCCCCCGAACCUGUUUCUGCUCAGAUUGAGGAAACGAUGGAAGAGCUUGAAAUAACCGUGAAUGUUGCAGAUGUAGGAUGCAUAACUGUUGUUGAACAUCAGCUCUCAAGUGCAGAUGUGACUAUUCAGAAACCAGAGCAAGAAAAUAAUUUGAAUAUGCCGUUUGAAAUGACCACAGGUGAACAUACCCAGGAUGAAGCAGGUACCAGUGAUGGGAGUACAGAAGCUGCCAUAACCUUACUUACAAUGGGAGAUCUAGUGCUGCAGUCGGGGAUGAGUACUGAACAGGGUGAUGUAGGACUAUGUGUAUUUCCUGAUGUUCAUUCAAAGGAUAAAAGUCAUAUUCCUUUUAGCCCAGAUAAUAUAAGUCACAAAAUUGUUCAUGAAUGUCAAGAGCUUUCUUCACCUGUCAUUACUACAUCUCCUGCAUCUGAAGAAGACAAGUAUGUAUCAGAGAAACAGAAUAGAGAGGAGGUUGGAUUAAAGGAGAAAAUAAUGGAGAACACUACAUCAACCAGGAGUACAGCUUCUAAAGUGGACAGUAGUUUGCAAAUUACAAGUAGAUUUGUCAGGCCUGAGCCAGAUCUUCAGGUAUUAGUGACCAGCAGGGUUGGUGCUCACCAGGAAGUUUGUGGUGUAUCCAGAGGGGAAAAAGUGGAAAGUCAAAAAGAAACUGAGAACACUGCUUCCAAGGCAACAGAAUUAGAAGAUAAAAACCCUGGGCCAGUCAGGACAGAAGAAAGUCAGGAGCAGAACCAAUUGUCAUGUGUACAGGAUAUCAAAGGGACCAGUAUUUCACAAGAAGCAAACCCAACUGCAAGAAAUGAGAAUCAAGAAGAGAGCUCCCAAGAAGUUCAGAUGUUGCCAGUUGCUCCUGUUCUUUCCUCUGAGGCAGGGCCUUCCACACUUGUUUCCAGUGGGGGCUUUGGUGAGAAUUCUGAGCCUCUGAUAAAGGAUGCUAAAGGAGACAGUAUACCCAUACUUCAUGUGCCUGAGUGUACAUCAGCUAAUAUUCUAGAAGUGCAACAAGAGAAUGUAACCAACACUCAAGACCUAACAGUAAAUCUGUUUAGGGAUGUUCAUCAAGAUGGAGAAGAUGAGCAAGUGUUCAUUUUAACUCUGGUGGAAAUCCCAGCCAAUGCUGCAGAAGAAUUCACUGAUGCCGGAGCACAGUUGAUGCUGAACCCUGUACUGCCUGCGCCCAUCCUGGUCAAAUCUGGUAAUCCUGAAGAAAAGGCUGAUGUUAGUAUGACCUUACCAGUAACUUCAGUUGGUGAAGAUGCUGUGUCCUUAUCCAAUUCUGAAAGAGAUGAUUCUGAAAAGCCUCCUGCUAAUUUGGAUCUUAUAUCUAGGAAGAGAUUUCACUGCAUGCUUGAUGAAAGCGACCAAAUUCCUCCUACCAAAAAAAGUUCACUCACAUUAAGAAAUAACCUGCAACAGUAUGCCUCUGAGGUGUGUUCAAAGGAAUUAAAUGCUUUUGAGGAAACAGGAGAAUCUUAUAAGGGACAAAGUACUGCCACCACCUCAAGAAGCACAUAUACAACUCCAACACCUCAGAAAGAGCAACUUGAACCAGGCUUGCAGAAUAAAGAAUCAAGAGCUCAUGAUAAAAUAAUAGAUACACGUAUAGAGAAUGUGCCUCAUUUGUCUCAGCAUGAUGUGGUUAUGUCUGAUAAAGAAGAAAGAGUUGUUGCUGCUUCUACGUCUGAACAGAGGGCAGGCAGGACAAAGUCUUCCAAAUCCCCACUCUCCAGGUCUGGCAGAAGACCCCUGGGAUUUUUAGCUUUAAUAUGUUCAAAGAAUAAUUUGAUGGAGUCUGAUGAACCUACUCAAGUCCGUAGUAAAAAGCGCUUGAAACCUCUUCUACCUGCAUCAAGACGGAAUUUGAAAAGAUCUAAUCCAUCCGAUGAAACUCAGAAACAACAUCAGGAGUCCUCUAAUGUGCUUCCAUCUCCAAGUGAUGCCAUCAGUACUCAAGCUGAGGAAGCUGGCAGCUCAGCAGCUCAGGUUUCCUGUAAUCAGCCGUCAUUGAAAGAAGAAUGUAAAAGUGGUCAAAAGCAGGCACCUGAAUCGGAGGAGCCAUCCACAGUCUCAGAAUAUUUCUUUGGUGAUAUCUUUAUCAAAGUAGAUGAAGCAGAAUAAAACAGUCUUUGGGUUUUUCCUUUUCUUCUUUUCCCUUUUAAGUCUUGGAUUUCUAGAGCCAAUUGCAACAACAAAGCAGUAUUUAGAAAAAAGCAUUGCUGUCUAUUUUUCUUUAGGUCAAUUUUGAAUAUUUAAUGAAUGUGAUUUGAGAUGUUCAUAAUCAGUGGAAAAUAGUGCUGAGGUUCCUCUCAUUCUGGCUGAUUGGGCAUUUUGGAAACGUCAAGCAGUGGCAGCUGCUCUGAGAAAUAGCGACUUUGUUUACAUUUCCAUUCUGCCUGCACUGAGCACACCUGGCUACUGGGGUCUGUUGUGGACAAAUUCUGGCUGAAUCACCGUGCCAUCUUAUUGAGAGUUGAUUGUAUUUAACAUUUAGCAAACUUCUUCUGUAAAGUUUUGUUCUGUUCUUAUUUUGUUGCUUUUUGGGGGGAUGAUGAAGGCCCUUUCAUUGGCUUCUAAUAUGAAAGCAAAUUGUGAAUCUCCACUUUAGUAUGCAACCCUUAAAAAUUUUUAUAUUAUCAUCUGGUUGUCUGAAAAACGUAUUUUUCUACUUCAUGGUGAUGUAAUAUUAGUCCUAAUUGACGAACUAGUAUUUAAACUUAAUAUUUAUAAAAAUGACACAUCAAAGAGUUUAUUUAUUUUUAAAUUUUUUAUUUAAAAGAAUAUUAAGUUUUAAUUAUUUUCACCCCUCAAACUGUGGGUAAAGAAGGCAUUAUUAACAAAUUUGUAUUUGUCUCCUUUUCCUUUUUAAAGACAUUUAAAAUUUGGGGGUACUGCAGUUUUGUUUUUUU